GCAGUCGGUCGUACGCAUGCGCGCACGGACAGCGUCUCCAAACCGAGCCUCUACGCUGCUGUGUACGCACGCACGUUAACGGGCGCAAUACCAGACUGCGCCUGCGCCGGGGCGCGAGUCCUUCCCUCUCAAGGGUAUAAGGCAUGGAACCUGUUGCAAGAAAGAUCUUCAAAGGAGUUCUACUUUUGGAAGUGGCUGGGGUCGCUGGAGUGUAUUUACUAUUUUACAGAAUGGAUACAAGUCAAGAUUUUAGGCAUACAAUGAACAGGAGAUUUCCAUCCAUUUUGGAGGUUUAUUACAAAAGCAAUGAAUGGGCUGGAGUUUAUGGAAUAAGGGAGAACGACCGACUGAAAUGGCUAAGUGGCAAAAAUUAGAAGUAAGUAAAAACAGAAGCAGUGUAAAACAAAUGUCUGAUUCAUUUUCUUGACUUUUUGCCUUUGUGUUUAUUUUUCAGGCCUUUGUGUUUGAACUGUUUUUUCUUCUUGAUGAUAUUUUUCACAUCUCUGUUGUGAAGCCAGUUGUCACGCUCUGCUUCCCACUUGAGCUGUUUGAUACCUACAAGGGAAGAGGAGGAACAUGACAAAUAAGAGGUGGUGGAUAACUGAUGUAUCCUUUGAACACUGUUUGGAAUUUGAAUAAUCUACCCCCAAAUUCAUAAAACACCAAUAAAGUGUGAACUAUUGGA